ACAAAAAAGAAUGAACAAACCUGGUGAUUUCUGAUGGUUGACGCCGGAACGGAGAUGGUGAUUGCCGAUUAGAUCUUGGUGUCGGUUUGGGAACUCCGGAACCGGGAGAUGGUGAUUGCCGAUUGGUGAGGACCGAGACUUGGUGAUUGCCGGGAGAUAGGCGUCGAUUUGAGAACGCCGGAACCGGGAGAUGGUGAUUAUCGAUUGGUGAGGACCGGAGAUGGUGAUUGCCGGGAGACGCGGGUAGGAGGAAUAACAGAAAGCUCGCAAUCUCAGGCACCUGCGAUAUAGAAUAGAAACAAUCAAAAAGCAAACGAACCUAGAAGGAGGCGAGCGAGCUCAGAGGGCGACGAUCCAAAAUCUAGAUGAGCGGAAGCAAAGGCGAAUUCGGCGGUGGAGAAACGGCGGCGGCGAAAAGGAAAGGGAAGGGGAAACCGAGCCGGACGUCAAUGAUUCUGUGGCACGCUCGCCAGAACGACGCCGCGGCCGUACGGAAGCUUCUGGAGGAAGACCGGACGCUGGUCCAGGCCAGAGAUUACGACCACCGCACUCCGCUCCACGUCGCUGCUCUCCACGGCUUGGUCGACGUGGCCAACUGCUUGAUUGAUUACGGUGCCGACGUCAAUGCUCUAGAUCGCUGGAGAAAUACGCCUCUAGCGGAUGCGGAAGGAUCUAGAAAGCUUCGGAUGAUCGAGUUACUCAAGUGUUAUGGGGGGCAAUCUUAUGGACAAAAUGGAAGCCAUUCAGAGCCAAGGCCAGUUCCACCUCCCCUGCCAAAUAAAUGUGAUUGGGAGGUUGAUCCCUCUGAGUUGGACUUCUCAAACUCUGUCAUAAUUGGAAAGGGGUCAUUCGGCGAGAUACUAAAAGCUUAUUGGCGUGGAACUCCGGUUGCUAUAAAACGCAUUCUUCCCAACCUUUCCGAUGACCGCUUGGUGAUACAGGAUUUCAGGCAUGAGGUGAAUUUGUUGGUGAAACUUCGUCACCCUAAUGUGGUUCAAUUUCUAGGAGCUGUAACUGACCAAAAGCCGUUGAUGUUAAUUACAGAGUAUCUAAGAGGGGGUGAUCUUCAUCAGUACCUCAAGGGAAAAGGCGCUCUUAGCCCAUUGACAGCUAUCAAUUUUGCAAUGGACAUCGCUAGAGGAAUGGCUUAUCUUCACAAUGAACCGAAUGUAAUUAUCCACAGGGAUCUCAAACCCAGGAAAGUUUUGAAUGUUCUUCUAGUGAAUUCCAGUGCAGAGCAUCUGAAAGUUGGAGAUUUUGGGCUAAGCAAGCUCAUUCGGGUACAAAAUUCGCAUGAUGUGUACAAAAUGACUGGCGAAACCGGGAGCUAUCGGUACAUGGCGCCCGAAGUUUUCAAGCACAGGAAAUAUGACAAGAAGGUGGACGUGUUCUCCUUCGCAAUGAUACUAUAUGAGAUGAUAGAAGGGGAUGCACCGUUGUCUCACUGUGAAGCGUAUGAAGCAGCUAAAUAUGUAGCUGACGGCCACAGGCCUGCUUUCCGGGCCAAAGGAUUCAUACCUGAACUGAGAGAGCUGGUUGAUCAGUGCUGGGCAGGAGAUAUGAACCAGAGGCCUUCUUUCUUGGAGAUAAUGAAGAGAUUAGAGAGGAUCAUUGAGAUUCUUCCAUCAGAUAAUCAUUGGAACAUCUUUGCUUCCUGAUUACCAGGCUAAGGUUUUAUCCAUU